CCUCAGACUCCUCUCCUUGAAUAAUUGAGUUAUCCCUUCCACAAUCUGCAGAAGAACUCAAUCCUAAUAUAUAUAUCCCCUACAAACCCCACAUAGUUCCUCCCUCUUUUUUGGUUUUCUUCUCAUAAAUGAAAACUCUCAAGUAGGUACUUGAUCAUCCACUAGCUCUUGUCUGAACUGGUAAAAAAGAAAGAAGAAGAAGAAGACAACUAUUGAAAUGGGUCAUUGCAUUUCAUCCCUUUCAUCUUCCUCCUCUUCCAAAACAGGUCUCCAUAGUCAUGCCUCUACGAACAACCACAGUAAUGGAACAGAGUUCUCAUCGUCAACGACCACCACCCUUGCUACGACAAACAGCAGCGUCGGGCUGAGAAGCCAAUUCUCCGAGGCGGCUAGCGAAUAUUCCGGCGGGAUUAUUGGUGAUUCUGGUCUAAUAUUGGAAUCACCAGCUCUCAGAGUCUACAGCUUCCAGGAUCUAACGACGGCGACCAGGAACUUCAGAUCAGAUUCUAUGUUGGGUCAAGGAGGUUUUGGUAAAGUUUACAGAGGUUGGAUCGACACCAAGACUCUUGCUCCUUCUAAAGCCGGUUCCGGUAUGAUCGCCGCCGUCAAAAGAUUGAACUCCGAGAGUGUUCAAGGAUUUGCAGAGUGGCGAUCGGAAGUUAACUUCUUGGGGAUGCUUUCACACCCAAAUCUGGUGAAGUUAUUAGGAUACUGUCGUGAAGACAAGGAGCUUCUGCUUGUCUACGAGUUCAUGCCCAAAGGAAGCCUUGAGAGUCAUCUUUUUCGACGAAACGAGCCAUUUCCUUGGGACCUAAGGAUCAAGAUUGUGCUCAGUGCAGCUCGCGGCCUUGCAUUUCUACACGGCUUACAAAGAGAAGUCAUAUAUAGAGACUUCAAAGCCUCCAAUAUACUACUCGACUCGAAUUUUGAUGCAAAGCUUUCAGAUUUCGGUUUAGCAAAGUUAGGGCCAUCGCAAGAGAAGUCACACGUUACGACUAGGAUCAUGGGCACGUUUGGUUACGCUGCUCCUGAAUACAUGGCAACAGGCCAUUUAUACGUUAAGAGUGAUGUAUAUGCCUUCGGUGUAGUACUACUAGAAGUAAUGACCGGAGAAAGGGCAUACAACCCAAGACGUCCCAAGGGACAAGAAAAUCUAGUCGAAUGGUUAAGACCAGAACUCUUAAGAAAACACAGAGUGAAACAUAUAAUGGACCAAGGAAUCAAAGGUCAAUACUCAUCCAAAGUCGUAGCAGAAAUGGGACGCAUCACACUCUCUUGUGUGUCGCCAGACCCGAAAAACCGACCACACAUGAAGGAAGUAGUGGAUGUACUCGAACGUAUCCAAUGCAUUAACGUAGUCACAGAUCGUUCUUCGACUAAACCGACUGUUGCUAGCUCUUCUCGUUCCUCACCACAUCACUAUCAGUAUGGCUAUAGAGCUGGCGCAGCGGGGGCUGAACGGAGGAAGCCGGCGGCUAGAACUUGAUGUUAUUUUUUCAACGAUAUAUAUUUUAGAGUCCUAUCGGUUAUAUUUCAUUUAAAAAUGGGAGUAUUUAUGAUUUGUUCUGCAACCAUAUUCUUGAAGUGCUUUGUGUAGAAUAUAGUAUUCUUGUGUUUUUUUGUGUGA